GUUCUACAAAGCUCUUUACACUGUUACUCACUCAACCAUUCACACACAUCAUGGCACUAGCCUACCAUCAGGAGGACACCAAAGGACACUUCAGCACGUGGAGGCAUCUGGGCCGGGAUCGAACCGCCAACCCUGUGAUUAGCAGACAACCCGCUUUACCACCUGAGGCACAGCCACCCCAUGACAGUCGAAGCUUUGGAAGCCGUGUGUAUUGAUGAGGUGAGUGAACUGGGCAGACCAAAGCACUAAAGCGCUGCUGCAUCACUCUUUACGUAACGAUGAAUCGAUCAGCAGGCAGUCAAAUGGCAUUGUGGGUAAUGUAGGAAACAGAUGAACAUCAACAUGUCCAUGAAACAACUCAGAAUUUGAUUACAAAAUAAAUCUUGGACACCAGUGAAGCUCCCAUGUUCAUUAUAAAGAUUAAUAUGCGAGCUAUUUAUUAUGUUUAUUUCCUUUAAAGUGCCUGUGAGGUGCCUUGAAAUGCGUAGCGUUAUUCAAUGUGUUUACAUUGAAACAGGAAGUCAGUGGCCCCACCCCUUAUAAAAUAGAGUUUAGCUUACCUCACAACAAUUGUCGGGGGCGGGACACUUCAGUUUCUACAGAGCAUAUGAUUGGACAGAAAAUCUGAUGAGCCAAUAAAGUGCAGAAUGAUGUCAUCAAAAUUGUUUAUCUGUAUCGGUGGUAGAGAGAGACCGUAAAUCCUGAAUGCAUAUAUCUUCUAAAUGGGAAUUUUGUCAUUGUUUUGGAGCACACUAGCUUAUAGAUAACCUUAAGUAGAACAUAUUCAUGCUAAAAGCUACACAACGUCCAUUUUGAUUUCAUAGGGACUUUAAUAUUACUGUAUGUAGGUUGUCCUAUCGUUGGUGAAUGUCAACACUGAUGACCAAAAAGACUUUAUUAGUUGUUUAUGGUUAAAAUAACUUAGCGAUUGGUCUUGCAGCUAAACAUUUUGGAGUUACUAAUGUUUAAACGCUCAUUAGAGGGAGGACUCGAGUGCUUUCGGGCUUUGCAGUUCUUUUUUGACUCUCACUCUCUCUGUGCGCCUCCAUCUUUGCGCAUGCGCAUUACUCACCUCCACACCACAUUUCCCCGCCUGGAUUCCCUCCAUCAAACCCUAUACAGUUUACCGAUUCAAUGUAAACACAAAAACGUGGUGUUUUUACGCAUACUACCUGCAUUUAUUCCGGGAUAAACGCCUCUGGUCCACUUGGAGAUUUAAAAACACGUCGCUCGCCUGCAGAGUCGGAGGUCCGGCUGAGGUGGAAGCUGCGUCUCUAACCCUGGUCCCUGCUCCUCGCUCACUAUGGCUAGUGAAGAGAAGAAACCAGAGACUGAAGCGACUAAAACUCCGACGGCCUCCGCUGCUUCGGCCAGCCAGAGCAAAUCCGCACCUGCGAAGCCUAACUACACACUGAAGUUCACCCUAGCGGGCCACACAAAGGCGGUUUCCUCGGUCAAGUUCAGUCCAAGUGGAGAAUGGCUCGCCAGCUCGUCUGCUGAUAAACUUAUCAAAAUCUGGGGCGCGUACGAUGGGAAGUUUGAGAAGACAAUAUCCGGACACAAACUUGGGAUCUCGGACGUUGCCUGGUCCUCUGAUUCGAACCUCCUGGUCUCAGCAUCUGAUGACAAAACCCUGAAGAUCUGGGACGUGAGCUCCGGAAAAUGUCUGAAAACCUUGAAGGGCCACAGCAACUAUGUGUUCUGCUGCAAUUUCAACCCUCAGUCCAACCUCAUCGUGUCUGGAUCAUUUGACGAGAGUGUCCGGAUAUGGGACGUUAAGACGGGGAAGUGUCUGAAAACGUUGCCGGCUCACUCGGACCCGGUCUCUGCGGUCCAUUUUAACAGAGAUGGCUCUCUGAUCGUGUCCAGCAGCUACGAUGGCCUGUGCCGUAUUUGGGACACAGCGUCAGGCCAGUGCCUUAAAACACUCAUUGAUGACGACAACCCCCCUGUGUCCUUUGUGAAGUUCUCCCCCAAUGGCAAAUACAUUCUGGCUGCCACGCUGGAUAACACCCUGAAGCUUUGGGACUACAGCAAAGGAAAGUGCUUGAAAACGUACACCGGUCACAAAAAUGAGAAAUAUUGCAUAUUUGCGAAUUUCUCCGUCACAGGUGGCAAGUGGAUUGUCUCAGGCUCAGAAGACAAUAUGGUUUACAUCUGGAACUUGCAGACUAAGGAGAUCGUACAGAAACUGCAGGGUCACACAGAUGUAGUGAUCUCGACCGCCUGCCACCCGACAGAGAACAUCAUCGCAUCAGCAGCACUAGAGAACGACAAGACCAUCAAGCUGUGGAAGAGCGACUGCUAAGCUAGAACACGUGCAGGCUUUUAUUUUAUUACUGUUCCUUUUUUUUUUUUUUUUUUAAAUUUUGUAUUUUUCAUUUUUUUGGGGAAGAAGGACAUUUUAUUAUGAGGAACACGAGGUCAGGCCGUUCGUGCCCCAUGAUCACGUGUUCUUGGCAGGAAGCACAGCGUACGCACGUGUCCAGAGCAGCCGACGCAGAGAGACUUACGUUAAAAAAAAAAAACACACCACUCCUUUUAACCGUCUCUGCCCUAAAAUACUUUCCACUCUCUCUCUCUGUCUAUGUACAUCUCUGCCUUACCUAAAUAUGUGUUUGAAUUAAACCCUCAGCGCUGAUACGUGUAUAUUUUGGUCUUGUAGAUCUAGGCAGCUUUGAUUCCUCUUCUAUCUAACAGGCUUUCUGACUUGUUCUGUUUUGUAGAUUGUGUUGAUUUUUUUUUUUUUUUUUUCCAUACAUUUAACUUGAGCCAAAAUUGAACCAUUCAAUGUGUUCGUUCAUUCGAAAAUUCACCAGUUCUCACACGUGAAGUGGUCUGGUCUGGUUAUUGUCUGACUGCCAGUGUUUAUCGUGUGCCUGAUUUAAAUGCCAUUUUAAGGUGGAGUUUAUUAAACCGGCUACAACAGUUAGAGCCCAUGGUGUGAGAUGGUAUAAAGAAGAAUAAUAUUUUACUUUCACUCAUUUCUCUUUAAAGAAAAAUUCCACCCUGGAUGAAUUAUAAUCUCUAUAAGUAACGUGAUCCUCGGUUGCGUCCAAGAUUUAUUUUUGUUAUGAGAUACUGAGUUUUUUGUUUAAACUUUUUCAUUGUUGGGGUAAAAAGUGCUUUUUCUACUUCACCCACAAUGCUGUUUGACUGCAGUCUGAUCAAUUAAUCUCUACCUAGUGAGAGCGAUGCGGCGGCCCUUUAUUCCUUCUCGCAAUUAACGUGCUUGAGGGUGGACUUUUUCUUUAAUAUUCACACAUUUCCUACAGAAAAGUGUUGUCUCAGACGUCCUGAUCCUUCAUGUUCGUGUACAUGGACAGAUUUUUUUUUAAUUUUUUUUUUUAAACAAUAUGAUGUGAUCAAUAUGAUGUGAUCAGCGCAAACGGUUUUGUCCAUCGGAGGGUUUCGUAUUUGUGGAGUUGGUGUCACACAAGCCAAAAAAGAAACAUUUCAGAUUUGUGCUAAACAGUUUCUACAGUGUUCUGGGUUUAUUUCAAAGUAUAACGCUCACGCCAAUUUCUGGAGCACUGCUUCCUGGAAAUAGUUUAGAAAUGAGUCAUUCGUGAGAUGUAACGGCCUAGGUAAUGAUUAUCGUGUGUGGAAAAUUGGGAAUAAGAACUCCAGGUCCUGCGGUCACAAGUUUAAAAAAUAACUGUAGAUAAAUUCACUUGCUGUACGACUUUCUGAACCCGUGAUCAUGUAUAAACUCAGUUCAGCUUGUCAUAACCUGUAUGAGACCUGCGUUCGUUCAUCUCCACCAUGCACACUUGGGUUAUUUUCUGCUCAGACACAAGUUGUUAAAGGUUGCUUUAUAUGUUUGUAGUUUCUACAUUUUUGUGAGGGGGAAAAAAAAUGGUGACCAAAUAUGAAGGUGGGCUUUAACACUGCCUCAGGUUUGUAUAACCUCCAUUCAGCUUCUCGGUUUAACCAGCUCUCUUUCUUUGUGGUCUUACUGUGUGUGCAGUAGUAAUAAUGGUGGAUGAGUGUUGUAUUUUCCUGCGACAUGAGCGUUGGUGUUAAUCCAACCUCUGUGUUCUCUCUCUCUCUCUCUCUCUCUGUGUGUUGACUUUCAGUGUGAUCACAAGGGCUGCAUGAGAAACUGGACUUUAACCUGUGACUCAAUAAAGUUCGUUUUUUUUUUUCCCCCCUGUUUUAAAAAAAAAUGUCUAACAGCGUAGGCUCAUUGUGCAGACGGUGUCAGGGUAUGAGGUCUAAUGUCAGGCUCAUCAUGCUUUCAAUCCUAAGCUGAUUACCUGAAACAGGUUUGAGCUGCAUUUCACAUAAAAUGGUCAUUCUAAUGUAUGUAAUGAGUAUAAACUGGUAUAAAUGAGUUUCUAAUAAAAUAAGGCUCAAUUUUUGGCAUCUACAUGCUGUGGAAAAUGGCUUGACGUUUAUGGAAGCAAGAACGACAGAUAGCCAGAAUGGUAUGAACUAGAGGCUGGGGCUGAAUUCUUUCUAGCCCAUGCUGUAUAGUUUCACACAGUCCUGUCAUGUGAUUACACCGAAUCAAGCGGCUUACAGAUUUUGCAGCUGAUUAUUUAAGCCCGCUACAUCUAUGGUGUCAUCAGCAUGACUGAGAACGCUCCAGUAAAAUACGAUACAAACAUUUCUCGAUCAUUGAUUUUUCAAAACGCCUUUGGAAAAACUCGCAGUAAAUAUACAAUGCAAGCAUCAUCAAAUCAAGAUAAAACCAUGAAGGGAUGACCGAACCGUAUGUUUUGUGUGAUUGGAAUGAAAGCUAGUUAACAGCAAGUGCAAAUUCUGUUUCUCAUGCUAACAGCAUAAUUAGAGAGUUUGGGGGAUUGAAUCCCACCUCUGCCCUGUUCCCAUGGAGUUUGCAUGUUCUCCCUGUGCUUUGUGGCUUUCCUCUGGGUCCUCUGGUUUCCUACCACAGUCCAAGGACGAGAGUUGUACACUGAUGUGCAUGUGUGUGUGUGUCCAGGGUGUUCCCUGCCUCGUGCCCUGAGUUCCCUGGGAUUCACCGUGAUGCUGUGUAGGAUAAGCGGUCCAGAAA